AUGGUUGGCAUCUUCAACGACCACGUUCUGUCGGUGACCUAUUGCUUGGAGCGGCUCAAGGCUUCGGGAGUGUCGGAGCAGCGGGGCCCACGCGUUGAUGCCUGGAUCCGGUUCUUCAAGGACCUGGACGCCUUCCGCGGCGCGCUCUCCACGAACCGCGGCCUCUUCGACCGCUGUCCGCUGCGGAUCCGCUGUGAGGCGCUGCGGCAGCACUGGCGCUGUCCACGGGCGCUGCAGCACUGCUGUCAGCUGAAGCUACACCUGGAGACGUUCUCAGAGUUUCUGGAAGGCAGCAGCGACGCAUAUCUGGUGGGAAACGACUUGACCUUGGCGGAUCUCUAUGGCGUGUGUGGCCUGGCGCCGGUCAUGGCCUUGCUGCCCUUCGACUUCCCAAAGGUGGAAGAUUGGUUGAAGCGAUGCCUGGAUCAUGAGCUCUUCUCUGAACAGCACGAGAUCCGCGACUGGCUGGAUGAUAAGCCGAUCCUUUGGUUUCAGGAGGACUUGGAAGACUUUGAGGCGAGACUGGAGAAAAAGGCUGCCUGGAUCAGGCUUCAUAUGAUGGUAUGUGACCGAGAGCUCUUUUUGUGUAUGAGACACUUUGCCAGCAACCGGAACUAUGUCAUCAACCUGGGAGGAGGCCACCCAGCCAAUCGCAUCCUCACCUACGUGGAAGUCCAUUGCCUGCCACCGACUGAAACAGUCGAAGUGAUUGGCCGAAUGCAUCGCACCCUGCGCAGACUUCGGGAUGAUGUGUCGGUCCUUCAGACCGAGGUGCGCAUGUUGCGCAGGACUUUCGGCCAGGCCUUGGAGAACCUCGCGGCCAAUUAUGAGGAGCUGGCCCCAUUGAUCGGCUUGGUGGCCCCUCCACAUGUUCAAGGUGAUCCUCAUGAAGCUGCAGACGCCGCAGAUCGAAUGUUUUGCAGAGCAGAGUGGAGUCAAGUGACCCACACAUUGAGCGAUGCCACAUUGGUCACAUUCAUGAAGGGCUCAAGUGAGCGAAGUUUUGUGCAAAGGGGCGAGGGAUCACGUGUGGAAGUCCACAAGUCUCCAGCUCAGAUUGUGCUGUGUGACUUGACGGUGGGCUGUGCGAACCUGCAUGCACAGGCCCUCAUGAGCAUCCGAGUUUUGAUCUUCGUGCUGCUGUGCGUGACCACCGAUCGGAAGAUAUGCAUCUACGAUGAAGAAAAAGAGCUGAUUGAAGCACCUCCGCCCCCUCCCUCCGCCCCGCUGCCUCCCUCGCAGCCCGCGCCGUUGCCGCCCUCGCCGCGGCAGAAAGCUCCGCCGCAGAAAGCUGCGCCGCGGUGCAGCUGGUACGAUCAAAUCCCUGGCUGGGGCACAUUUCUCCAGAAGCUCGGGCAGGCCUCUUUAUCCUUCGCUGGUGCAGAAUAUGGCCUCGUCUUUGUGGCCGAGCAGCGGUGGAAGCGUAGAACCUGGCGUUCCGUCUACGCAGGACCCCCUCGCGAUCUGGAGGAUCCCGUCCUGGCUGACGGCUUCAGCCCUUGGAGCAGCGAGAGCGUGGCCCUCCAUGCUUGGCGACCGCUCACAGUGGCGGAAAGCACCACCUUUCAGUAUUGGGAUUUGGAAAUCUUGCAGGUCGCCGAUGAUUUCAUCGGCCUGAAGAAGCCGCCUGGUCUGUCCUACCAGGGGGACCUUGGGCUGAGAACGGAACGGGAUUUGGGCCCUGCGAGAUCGCCAACUUUGGCAAACUUCUCCAGCAAAAACUGGUGGCCGUGGGUGCUGACAGCCAGCAGGGCCGGCUCUGCCAUCGCUUGGAGACACAGUGCAGUGGGGUGCAGAUCUAUGCCCAAACCAGUGAUGCCCUGGAGAAGUUCCUGCAACACCGACGGCAAGGUCAAGUACUCAUGGAAGCGAUUGCACUUGUGGAGGGCUGUGUGGGAGUCGAUGAGCCCAGUGAAGGUGCCGUGGAGGUGCCCUUGCUGCCAUGGCAAGACGCCCAGGGCCGCGACCUGGGAUCCGUUGCCUGCGCCAAAGAUGGCCUGGCCGCGUGCACUUCCUACAAGGUGCCCUCUUCGACAGGUUCUCAAGCGCUUUCACGUGCCCAACGCUGGGCCUGUGAGCUUCUGGCCACGAUCAAGAUGGUUCUCCUUAGUGCAGAUUGCCUGCCACAGCGAUCGGAUUUGCCAAGUCUAUGCGCAUAUGGCCUUCAUCGGUCAUCCUGUGGUCUGUGAGCCGAAGUACAACGCCAUGAAUUUUGAGGACGAUAGUGCCCUGCUGCCCCGGACCUUCCUCCACGUCUUGCGAGUCGAGUUGCCUUCGUUCAGCUGUAGCUGCGAUUUAGCUCCUGACCUGCAGGUUGCUUUGCUGCGUCUCCAAUCGCUGGCAUUGGAUACGAAGGUCUGUCAAACUUGGACAUCCCGGCUUCCAGGUUUGCCACUGCUGCUUUCGUGCCGCGGCAGCCUACCGCCAGAUCCAGAAGGCCCUGACCAGAAAUUUCGCAGCGAGACAUCGAAGCAAACCGGCAGGUGUAGCUGCUGCGGGGACCUGGAAGAAGCUCAGUGCUGCCCCGUCGGCAUGGCGGCGCUGCACUGGACCUUGCGACCGGCCAAGAGUCAGACGGAGGAGGUGUCGUGGGAUUCGGAGCCAUGUCGCCUCUGGGCCUUUGGGGUCCGCGGCUGGAUUCCCUUCGAGCUCCGAAGCAAUCGCUGGGAUGACUGGUCAAGCAGGGCACCGGCACCUGGAGGCUUGUCAGGCGAAACACUCCCAACCUGGUGGAAACGCCACGGAAUCCGCUGGUGUUGGGCUCAUGAUGGAUCUAGGGUGAACGGUUGGAUUGAAUUGAACGACAAGGGCAGCCUCAUGAGCAAGUGGGGCACAGGCUUCUGGCAAACGGUGAAUGGGGACGAACAGGGGCACUUCUUGGUGGUUGGGAUCAACAACAUGUCGCACCUACUCUAUCUCAAGGAGGAGGUCUUUGAGGUGCUGGUCAAGCGCCCGAGCAAUGCCGCCGAAGACUGGAAGGUCCUGUACGAUGUCGAGCCCUGCUGCGCCACACGCGGAUGGCCGGCACGGAGCGGGAGAAUGGAAAAGUUC